GUCCAGGUGAGCUCAGGUUCUAAGCCGGCGGGAUAACACGGACCUAGAAUGAAGUUUUCUCGCCUGAUCAUCGCCCUCCUGGUGGUGGUCUCGGCGCUGUUCACCGCUGGCGAGCCGGUCGCCGAUCCCUUCAAGAAGCUCCAGAAGCGGAAGGGCGGCGGCGGCGGAGGAUACAGCCAAGUCCGCUACAUGCCCAUCCGCGUCAUGCGGAUGCCUACGUACGGUGGAGGAGGAUACGGCGGCGGCGGCAAAGGAUCCAAGAAGGGCGGCGGUGGAUUCGGAGGCGGUUUGUUUGGCUUCGGCAAGGGCUCCAAGAAAGGCGGAAGCCGAGGAUACGGAGGCGGCGGCGGAUUCGGCAAGGGCUCCAAGGGCGGCGGCGGCUUCAGCAAGGGAGGAGGAGGAGGAGGCUACGGCGCCGGACAUAGAGGCUUCAGCGGCUACGGCGGUGGACAUGGCGGCUACAGCAGCAGCUAUGGCAAAUAGAACCAAAGAUAGGAGCCUUCUGCAGGCCCACUCAGCGACAGAAGGCUGCCGGAAAGGCUGGCGGUGCUCGCCCGGCCACAGUCCUGUUGGACUUAAGAUGCUGGGCAUCGGAACCUGAGAAUCCUUGGUAUGCUGUUAUACCUUUAACUACUUUAGUCAUUUAUCGAAAUGUAUUUUCCUUUUAUAAUAAAACCAAUGUCUGUUCAGACAGACAUUCGAUGGAUAAU